UAUAUAUAUUUUGUACUUUUCGUUAGCGGUGUAUGUACAUUUUAUCCUUUUCUAUUUUCAGUGAUUUUUAGGGUAUUUUUCCAUACUUUUAUGUUAGCACCAUACAGAAAAGUAAGAGUACGUCCAUUACUUUGGCGACAAACGACAUUAGAAAAAUAUUUAACAACUCCAAUAUUUGGUAUUGUUGGGGCAAUUGCAUUACAUUAUAACAAUUGGAGUUUUUUUAAACAAGAGAAUAUUUAUGAUCAUGAUGGACCAGAAAAAGAUGCAAAGUGGAUGCCAUUUCGAAAACAAGAAAUAAUUCGACAUUUUAAAAUUGGGGCAUACUUUGCGACGGCUGGAGCGUUAUUCUUUUUGUUAAUGAGAAUUAGUAAUUUAAAUAUUUUUUACAUAAUUUUAAAAUUUUUAGGAAAGAAAUUCACUGUAAUACCCAAAAAUGAUGUUAUGGUUGAAAAUUUUUUAAUUGAUGUUGGAUUUGGUGUUCCUUUAGGAGGGCUUCCUGUUGAAAUUGCUUAUUAUCUUUGGUCAAUUAAAGAUGAAGAGAAUAGGAAAAAGAUUGUUUCAGUUUGAAAAUUUGUUGUUUUUUGUAAAUAAAUUUAAA